AUGUCAUAUAGAAUAGAUGAGACAAACAAAGAGAUUGGUCGUGAUGUCAAGUCAUGCGAAUCAAUGACAAAAGGGUCACUGUUGUUUGAAGAGCAAUCAUUUGCAUCUAUCCCAUUGUCAUUGACUUCGAAUCUUUGUAUGUUGUGUUGUAGUAGUUUAGUAGAGAAACAAGCAACUACUACUACUACUCCUACCGAAAAGACAGCUGUCACCUCGUCUGUAGAAUGUACCUAUGGUUGUGGAUACAAGUUUUGCACUGAAAAGUGUAUGUCGGAUAUCGUACAUCAAUUGGAAUGCUCGUUUAUCAAUCGUACAGAACAAGCUUCAAGAGAGGAAGGAAUCGACUUGUAUUUUGCAUUGUUACUCUUACGUAUUCUCAUCAAGAAGCAUGUUGAAAACGAUCGAUUCAACGAGACUGUCGGUCGAUUAUCAUCCAACAGAGAGGCAUUCAAAACAAACAAUCCAACAUGGCUCGCCAAGCAACAACGCUUUGCCGACACUCUCAACAAGUAUUUGGUCAAUGACAAGGUUGAAGAAUCGCUUCUCUCCUUUUUCGAUCAUGACGAGAUUGUAAACACUGCUUGCACCAUCAUCACAAACUCGUUUGGUGAAACCUCCAACAAUACAACCAUUACAAAUGGUUUCUUUUAUCAAGCCGCCCUUUUAAAUCAUUCUUGUCAACCAAAUGCUUUCUUUUCUUUUAAUGGAGACAAGUUACAAAUGAGAGUAGUCAAGGAUAUGGAUAAAGAUGAUAGUAUAUAUGACAGUUAUGUUGAUUUAUUGUUACCAACUUAUGAACGUCAAUUGGGAUUGUUAAAAUCAAAGAACUUCUUUUGUCAAUGCAAAAGAUGUAGUACUCGUGAGGAUUGCCAUCUUUCGAGUAUAAAUUGUGUUGGAAAGGAUUGUCAAUCAUGGAUUGCACCAUUAAUUGGAAAGAAAGAGAAUAAGGAGGAUGGAUCAACAAGUCUAACCGUAACAUGGGGUUGUGAUGAUUGUACUGGUACAGCUUCAGAGAGUCACGUUAAAAAUAUUCAAGAUCAACUAGUAUCAUUUACAAAGUACCUUGAAAAGAGAUCAUAUCGUGAAAAUGCAGAUAGAUUUGUCGAGCAAGCAUCAGUGACAAUGGCACAAUUAGAAAACAAGAUUCACAAGAACCAUCAUGCUCGUUUGCAAUACCAUCUUCACAUGUCCAAUGCAUACAUUAAAUUACAACAAUUCAACGAAUCUAUUUACCAUGCUAAAGUGGUCAAACGAUUGGUCAAGAAUGUUCUCCAGUGUGAUAGAGGCGAGUUGGUAGAUUGCUACAAAACAAUUGGUCAACUCUUUGAACAAUUAUUCAUCUGGUGUGUCUCACAGAGAAUGAAUGCACAGGAACAACAAUCAAACACCAUUGUCUCACCACAAGCAAUGAGAAACUAUUUGGCAGAAUCACACAAAUAUUAUCUCAAGGCCCACCAAGUAGCAUCCAUCUGUUAUGGUCAAGACCAUCAACAAUCAACCAAUUUACAAUCACUCAUUAAAAAAACUGAUAUUACAAUGGCUGCCGUAACUAUAACUCCAAACUAA